UGACCGUUACGCUCUCGUGUGGUAAAAGAGCCGAGGUGGUUUCAGCGUAUAGAAGAUCUCUGGUAUGCUUGGAUUCUGUUUAGCAUAGGGUAGAAUUUCUAGUGUAGCUUCUGUAGGUCCCUCCACGCCUGUGGAAGGCAGUAACGAGUUGCUGCAACCAGACGUUGGCGCACAGAGAGGUGAAAUCAUACCUGUUCCACAGGAAGCAGGACUGGACUUCACUUAACUGUACAACAGGCAGCAAAAACGACUUCAGGCUGGGCAACGAUACGCUACCACGGAGAAGAAAACUUCAUCCACCCAGGAGGAAAGUCGAGAAGGAGGGGAGGCCCUGCAACACCGGAGCUACCAUGGUGGGUGAGCGCCGCAAUGGGAACCUGCUGGUUCAACUGGGCCCGAAGCAGCAGGCGUACCCAGAGGAGCUUAUCCGUCAGAGGAGGACUCACGAUGGCCAGACAGAGUACCUGAUCCGCUGGAGCCUGCUGGCGGUGGAGGAUAGCAGCAGUUCAGGCAGAAGCAAUGAGGCAAGUGGAGGUGGUGGCAGUAGUUCGGGCGUUGACGGCUCCAGUGGCUCCACUUCAGGAGAGAGCAAGACGGAGAGCAUCUUAAUGUGGAUGUCCACUGAAGACGUGUACGCCAACUGCCCAACUCUGCUUGGCAAGCGCAAGUCUGACUCCCAGAGGCCUCUGUUGGAGGAAGAGGCCCGGCCCAGUGGGCAGUUCCCCACUGAUGUAACGUUUGAUGAGGGCGAGCUGUCAGACAUGAAGGAAGAUGUGAAGAAUCUUGUGCGGCGCGCACGCAAGCAAAUGGCAAAGAACAGCGAUUUUGGUAUAAGCAUCACGCACACCAUUCACGUGCUGAGCGCCUAUGCCAGUAUCGGCUCUCUGGUGGGGGUGUUCAAGGAGACAGGAGCCCUCGACCUGCUCAUGGAGCUCCUCUGCAACAAAGAACGACAGACCAGACGUAGUGCCGGCAAGAUGUUGCGAGCCUUGGCUUCUCAUGAUGCAGGGAGUCGUGCCUAUGUGCUUCUGUCCCUCAGCCAGCAGGAUGGCAUCGAGCAGCACAUGGACUUUGAUAACCGUUACACACUGUUGGAGCUCUUCGCAGAGACCACCUCCUCUGAGGAGCACGGCAUCUCCUUUGAGGGCAUCCAUCUUCCGCAGAUUCCAGGCAAGCUGCUGUUCUCUCUGGUGAAGCGUUACUUGUGCGUCACUUCGUUGAUGGACAAGCUCAACACAGCGGGGGUGGAGUCGUCCUCUGAGCGACAGGAUGUCGGCCCCUCCUCCUCAACGGCCACCUACCAAUCAGAGCACGCACGUGUGCAGCGGGAGUUUGAGUUCACCAUGGCCAUGGCCAACCUCAUCUCCGAGCUGGUGCGUGUCAUGGGCUGGGACCGCAACCGACAGCUGCCCAUGACCUCCCCGAGUGCCACCAGAGGGGUGGAGGAGAUAAAGAGCGACACCCAGAAAAACCUUGUUCGCUCUAUCUUUCAGCCGCGCUUCUCCGCUACAUCUUCCAUCAUGGCCGCUACGGCAAUUGCAGCGGUCACGCCACCAAAGAAGAAGAAAACCACAAAUGGUUUCAAGACACGUUCAGACUUCACUUCACGUUCUGCUUAUGUGGAGUAUGUGCAGGAUAACCUGAAGAGUGGCAUGACGGUCCGUAUGCUGGAAGACUACGAGGAGGUCAGCGCUGGGGACGAGGGAGAGUUUCGCUACAGUAACGACGGUUCACCACCUGUGCAGGUGUACUGGAACUCUCUCUCCAGGACAUACUGGGUGCACUGGCAUAUGAUUGAGAUCCUAGGCAAUGGCAGUGGAGGUCAGGCUGUGAAAGAGACUCAGGAGAAGGCCUCCUCACUCACAGAGACACUCAAACUCACUACAGUGAGUCAGACAUUCUUUUCUAAGCCCCCCGGGGGGCUUUACUCAUUGCCAUACCUGUUGGAGGGAUCUCAGAAUGAUGCAAGCACCCUGAGUCGUGCCGAAUGGUGGGAGGUGCUCUUCUUCAUUAAGAAGCUGGAACCCAAACAGCAUCAGGAAAUCAACAAUAUCCUGCGACAGAGCUUUGAUGAACCGAUGGCAGAUUUGGAGGAGUCUUCUCUGAUCCAGCUGUCUAUCACCAGUGAGGUGGUGCGGAAGGUUCUCCACUACUUGAAACAGAAUCUGCAGGCCUCGUGUUUGGACGACCUGCUCUGCUCGCACACCUUCAGGAAACAUUACCUGAGCUAUGGAGGUGCUGGUCUUGAGGAUGAGGAAAUGCUGAUGGAUGGUUCACUUGGAGGACCUGGAGCUCCAUCUUCAUCAUCACUGUCAUCAGCCACAGCUGCAUCCUCCUCUUCCUGCACCAUAGGCUCUGUGUCCAAGAAAGCUAAGAAAGAGACUCCAGCGGACACGGGCAGCUGUGGCAGUGAGACAGAGAGCGAACUUCCCAAUGAAGAUGACACCAAGUAUCCUGAUGACCUGGAGGAGAAGAUGAAAGUGUACAACAGUCCAAAGGUGCAGGGUAAGAAAAGCUCACUGGAGAAGAUUGGGGAGGUGGUGGACAUAAUGAAGAAGAGCAGCUCAGACUCAGGAAUGCAGCUGGCUGGAAUGAAGGUCAUCAGUAAGAUUCUGGAGGAGGAGGGACCUCAGGAGAAAAGCACCCUCAGAUCAGACUCUGCACAGACCAUCCGUGACAAAGUGUUAAAGUUGCUGGUGGAGAUGACUGGCAGUCAGCCCAAGCAGAACACUGUCAUUGCGUUGCUGUUGACACGCAGUCUCAUGCUGAAAUACGAGUGGAGGGUCUCCUUCGCCACAGAGGGGGGUGUGAAAGCCAUCCUGUCCUGCAUGCAAGAGUAUCCUACCUGUAUACAGGUGCAGCAGAUUGCGCUGGCGACACUGAAGGUGAUAACAGGUGCCAGUAAGCAUGACCCGCGCAGUGUGGGUGGUUGUCUGCCCCUCUCUGAAUCUGGCACACAGAUGAUGCUGGAGAUUUUUGCCAGCAUAGGUUCUGCCACACCGGAGGGCUCUAAAGGGCUCCUGUGUGCCAUCCCUUCUGCUAUUGACCUCAUGCUUAGCACAGCAGGCUGUGGUUUGUCUGUGCGGAACGGGCUGCUGGUCAUCAUCAUGUUGAUCUCCAGUCACAAGAGUCUGGCAGAGCAGCUAGUCGCCUGCAAUGUCAGUGCCACACUGAAGAAGUGCCUUUCUGCUCAGAACCAUCACAGCAUGCUGGCCAUCAUCGCACUCAACCACAUCUCCAUGGUUCACAAGCUGGAGAAGAAAGAGUCUAAAGACGAGCAUGACUUUAAAGACACAGAGCUGAAAAUGUUGGUGGUGAGUUUAAAGGAGAUGACGGCCACUAAAGAGGUCAUACUGACCUUGGAACAGCUGCUCUGUGACAACACCUCCCAACUGGAGGAAGAGAGAAACGAGGUGAGCCGCAGCAGAGACACCUUCCAGGACCUUAUACGCCUCAUGGACCAGCAUAGAGCAGACCGGGCUGUACAGCUCUCAAUCCUUAGGAUUUUGAACAAGUUUUUGGAUAACUACAAGGAGGAUCUAUUGCCUUGGCAUGAGAGUAUUGAGCCAUGCCUGUCUUCAAUGACAGCCUUUGUCAGUGACAGAGAGGUUGUACAGCAGUUCAUUCGCUUCCUGUAUCGUCUUGCAUCUCUGAAUAAAGACUAUGCUGUUGUAAUGUGUCGUCUGGGCACUAAAGAAGCUCUUCUGAAAGCCCUGGACAAACAUGCCACCAACCUGCUGAUGGUCACAGAGCUGCGAGACCUCAUCAAUGACUGCGAGAAGUACGCCAGCCUCUACAAGAAAAUGACCACGAGUGUGCUGGCCGGAUGCAUACAGAUGGUCCUUGGUCAGAUUGAAGAACAUCGUCGUAGUCAUCAGCCCAUCAAUAUUCCCUUCUUUGAUGUGUUCCUGCGGAACUUGUGCCAAGGUUCCAGUGUGGAACUGAAGGAGGAUAAAUGCUGGGAGAAGGUGGAGGUCUCCUCCAAUCACCAUCGAGCUAACAAGCUGACAGACAAAAACCCCAAAACCUACUGGGAAUCCAAUGGCUGCACAGGCUCCCAUUUUAUCAACAUCUACAUGCAUAAAGGGGUGAUCAUCAGGCAGUUGACAGUGCUGGUAGCCAGUGAGGACUCGAGUUACAUGCCAGCUCGUAUUGUUGUUCUGGGAGGAGAUGAUCCCACAAACAUCAACACUGAACUCAACACUGUGAAUGUUGCUCCCUCAGCCAGUCAUGUGGUUCUGCUGGAGAAUGUGACCCGGUUCUGGCCCAUCAUACAGAUCAGAGUCAAAAGAUGUCAACAGGGUGGCAUUGACACACGAGUGCAUGGUUUUGAGGUGCUGGGGCCAAAGCCUACAUUCUGGCCAGUGUUUAAGGAGCAACUGUGCUGCCGCACGUAUCUCUUCUACACAACAAAAGCUCACACCUGGUGUCAGGAGAUCCUGGAGGACAAGAACCAGCUGCUGCAGCUUUUUAACAAGUUAAACAGCGCACUGAAACAUGAGCAGAUGUUUGCUGACCGAUUCCUGCCUGACGCUGAGGCUGCAGAGGCUCUGGGUCGGACCUGCUGGGAAGCCCUUAUCACCCCCAUUAUACAGACCAUCACCAUCUCAGAAACUUCUGUUCUGAGCCCUCUGUCCUGGCUGCUCAAUGAGUAUUUGGUGAACUCCGAAUCGACCAAGCGGUAUAAGACCUCGGCAUCCAUCUUCAACUCCCGCGUACGACGGCUCACUCAUUUACUUGUCCAUGUGGACACGAGCACUAUUGAUACACAAGAACUCAAACCUCCCAUCAAAUCCAAAGGUAUCAACAGAAGCAGAGAUUUAAAGAAUGGUAAAGAGGGGAAGAAUAAGGAAACAACAGCAGUGAGCUCAUCUUCAUCUUCUUCCAAACCCAAAGUGAAGAAUACUAGCAGCAUUGCAGGCAUUGCUCUGUGCUGGCAAGGUGUUGUUCAGCGACAGGUAAAGACUUUCUUGAAUUCGACAUCCAGCCUUGCUGACUUCGUAGAGAGCUACAGGAGCAUGUUUUUACGGCUGAAGAAUGCCAUGGAGGAACUUUUCGGCCAGCACACAGCGUUUGUGCUUGCGCUCCGUCAGGGGUUCUCUGCCGCUCUGCUUCAGCUCUCCAUCCUCACUGCCAUGCAUGUGAGUGAACGGUUUGCACAGUACAUUGACAAGAUGAUCCAGGAGAGUGGAGUGGACUCUGGGAACGUGGACACUUUGAAUCAGCUGCAGCAGUUCCUGGAGCCCAUGCUUUUCUUGUCGGGUUUGGAGCUGGCCAACACCUUUGAGCACUUUUACAGGUAUUACCUGGGUGAUCGACUGCUGGGUCUGGGCAAGCUGUGGUUAGAGAGUGCCGUAAUCGAGCACAUUGGUACCUGCUUCCCAAACCGUUUUCCCCAGCAGAUGUUGACCAACCUCAGUGAAUCUGAAGAGCUUCAGCAGGAGUUUCAUCUGUACCGUCUACAACAGCUGGACAAAAAUCUGGAGGACUUCAAGGAGAUGAUGGAUGAAGAUGUGACUGAGCCUGAGGAAGAGGGCGAUGUGAAAGUGUUGGUGUUGUCCCCUCGUUGCUGGGUUGUGUCGGCUCCUUGCUACCUUGAGGACCCCAGCAAACACUUCCCUUCACAACUCUGCAAUUACCUGGCUGCAUUCACUGAGUUCUACACCAACAGUCAGCGCAUGUAUAGCUUGACCCAUAGUAAGCCGCGGCGGCUGCAGUGGACAUGGCUUGGCCAUGCAGAGCUUCAAUACGGCUCAUGCACUCUCUAUGUCUCCACACUGCAGAUGUACAUCCUGCUACAGUUCAACCAACUAGAGGAUGUUAGUGUGGAGGCUCUGCAGCAGUCCACGGGUCUCUCUCCAGCGAUGCUGACUCAUGCAAUCAAACCACUCACUGCAGAGAAGGGCGUUCUCACUCACAUAGGCUCUAACCAGGACCCCAUGAAGGGGGUCCUGAGAUUGAACAAGAGGUCCCUCUCUCAGAGCUCAGACAGACACGGUUACCAUUUCCUGCUUCCCAAGCAGACCUACCUGAAUGUGGAUGAAGAUGCUGCACUCACACUGGAGAAGAAGAGGAACUACAUGUACUGUCUCAUUGUGCAGAUCAUGAAGGAUGAGAAGGAGAUGCAUAUUGACAAUUUGGUGUUCAAGGUGUUGGACAGGUGUCAGAAUCAGGAGGCGACUCGACCUCAAGGCUCGGUCCGCUUCAGCUGCAGUACGACUGAUGUCCUCUCCUGCAUCAUGCAUGUCAUCAACAGAGGCUACCUGCGGCGUAACGAAGAGAGCCCACACAUCGUGGAGUUCUUGAUGGAGGAUCCCACGACGCCCCGCAAGGGCCAGGCGCAGUUCUCCUUCAAGAUGGACGUGACGAAGAGCACUGCAGGCAACAGCGAGUCCAACACCAGCCUGGGAGGCCUUAUAGUUCUCCCGCAGCAUACGGAGGAUGGCGUGCUGGAGACUGUUCUGUUCUCCAUGGGUCGCACAAUGACUCAAGAGGAGGUCAAGCAACUGAUGCAGCGCACAGUACAGCAGGUGGCAGGAACCCUGAGCCUAGAUUUGGACCGGGCUGAGCACCUGCUAAUACACUGCAAAUGGAACGUGGACAUUUUGAUCCAGCGAUACACUGAUGACCCAGACUCCCUGGUGCUGGCUGCUGGCCUUAAGAUCCGCAACCCCCAGCCAGCCCCUGGCCCUGUGACCCAAUGUCCUGUGUGCCUUUCCCAGUCCAAAGAGAGUGACCCGCCUCCCAUGCUCUGCUGCAUGCAUUACUGCUGCAGGUCCUGCUGGCAGGAGUAUCUCACUGCUCGGAUCGAACAAAACCUGGUGAUGAGCUGUGACUGUCCCAUCACAGAUUGUCGGGCUCAGCCAACCUCCAAGUUCUUUCACAACAUCCUCACUGAUAAGGACACUAUUGCCAAAUAUGACAGUGCCCUUCUGCGUGGCUUUGUGGAGUGCUGCUCCAACCUGACCUGGUGUACAAACCCUCAGGGCUGUGACCAGAUCCUGUGCAAGGAGAACAUUGGCAGCAUGGGCACCUGCUCCAAGUGCUGCUGGUCUUCCUGUUUCAGCUGCAACUUCCCAGAGGCGCACUACCCAGCUAGCUGCAGUCACAUGUCUCAGUGGAUGGAUGAUGGAGGAUAUUAUGAAGGAAUGAGUAUGGAAGCACAGAGUAAACAUCUGGCCAAACUUAUAUCCAAGCGCUGCCCCAGCUGCCAGGCCCAGAUCGAGAAAAAUGAAGGUUGCCUACAUAUGACAUGUGCCAAAUGUAACCAUGGAUUCUGUUGGAGAUGUCUAAAGCCUUGGAAGCCAACACACAAAGAUUACUACAACUGCUCAGCCAUGGUCAGCAAAGCUGCAAGACAAGAGAAGAAGUUCCAAGACUACAAUGAGAGAUGCACGUUUCAUAACCAGGCCAAGGACUUUGCAAUCCAUCUGGAGAACAAGGUGUUUUCUAUUAAUGAAGCUUUACAGAUGAAGUCUUUGACAUUUGUCAUCGAUGCCUGCAAGAUUCUUGCCCAAGCUCGGAAGGUGCUGGCUUACUCGUGUGUAUACAGCUAUUACAACCAGGACACUGAGAAGAUGGAUGUGAUGGAGCAGCAGACUGAAGCUCUGGACCUUCAUACUAAUGCUCUGCAGAUCUUACUCGAGGAGACACUGUUGCAGUGUACUGAUCUGGCAUCCUGCGUCCGACUCCUGAAACCUGAACACCUGAACACUGGUUUGGAGCUCAUUCGCCGAAUUCAGGAACGUCUUGUAGCCAUCCUACAACACUCCACACAGGACUUCCGUGUAGGAUAUCAGUCCAAGACUGGGCCAGACCAGGAGACUGCACAGGCCUCGAAUCUGGCUAACAACACGGACACCAACAAAGAGCCCAAAUCAGAUGGGGCCUCAGAGUCCGGAGACUCUGACAACAACAACUACGCUGGUGAAGAUGCUGGUGAUGAAGCAGAGGAGGAUGAUGAGUAUGACGAUGAAUACGUUCCAGAAUGGCACGAGGAUUACGACGAGGAAGACAUAGAUGAUGAUGACUUCUUUUCUGAUGACGAUGAAUCUGAAAACCUAGAAAGGGACUUCAGCCCUUUCGACUAAAUUACCAUGAGAGUGAUAAACGUUGCUUACAGAAUGUCUACGUGUAUAGAAGUAGAUGCUACAAAUACCACGCCCAUAUGAAAAUGAUAAAGCAGUAAAAGUCACCAUUUGUUACGGGAAUCCAGAAUGUUUCUUUUUAACGUGGUCUUUGCUUCGCAUUUAGUUUCUACUUUGAGCCCUAGUAUAAUUUGGUUGCUACACCAAAAAUAUUUCAUUUUAAUUUAGGGUUAUGCUACAGGCAGUUUCUUUGUUACAAAAUUGUAACUUUGUUCAUGGCUGAUGAUACUUUACUAAGUUCAAUGAAGGAUCAUAAUUGCAGUAGAGGUGAUACAUUUUUUUGAAACUGUUCAUAUUUUUGUUAACAAAUAAUAUUUUUCGGGGUUGAAAAUGGAAAAAGAAGGGAUGUUAGGAAAAGUUUUUUAUUUUAAUCUGGUCAAAAGUAGGCAUCAUCAUUGUGUAUUAUUUAGUUAAAAUAGCAAAAGUACUUGCCUUUAUUCCAUUUUAAAUACCUUUAAAUGCAUUCAUGUACUACAUUUCUGAGAUGUUGGUACAGCAUUUGAAUGAUCGUAAGCAUUUGAAAUGGGAAAUAUUUGCAAAGGUUUUGAAAAGAGAAAAACAUCAGCAUCUGUGUUUAAGGGCUGCAAGAAAAAUGACAAGAGUCUCUCAGACAGCAGUCCAUGACAAGGAUGGUGCUUCAAUGACCUGCUGGUUAUGUCAGGCACCAUUAAACUACAAACUCAACAAUUGAACAUUAGCCUGUCUCAUUAAGAUGUAAUGGCAAUAAAUAUUUAAAAGCUUGUCACAUUAUUUGCUAAGCAAAACAUACCUUAAUCGCUUUGUUCAUCUUUUUUUUUUUUUUCUUUCCUCAAAAGAACGUUUUAAGUCUUUUUUGGACAUGUUUAUGUUCACUUGUAUAGAGAUGGAGAUAUAAAAUAUCUUCCAAAGACCGAUUUUGAAUUGAGAUGAACCUAUAUAUUCAUAUACUGUCUCAUCUUCUGAAAAGUUUUCUCUGUUCAACUUAAAAAUGAAGUUGCUCAACUUCAGCUCACAAAAUAAAUGCUUUCCUUCGAAA